UUUUCUUUUUGAUUGAAAAGCCGGUUUCGGAGGAGAGAAGAAGAAAAGUGUCUAACGCGAGAGAGAUGAGGAAGGUGAAAUCGCUUCUGAAACGAGGGCUCAAAAUUGUUGAGGAUGGCGUUUUGCUAGAGAUCCUCCAAUCUGAAAUUCGUCACGAACUCUCCAAUCCUCGUUUCCUGGGAGCUGAGACCGGUAGUCUAGGAGAUUUCAAAUUGGAUUGGGAUUCUUCGGAAAGUCAAGAUAUUGUUCUGAGGAGACGAUUUGAUUCAGGCGAGGAAGUUGUGGUCUCAGCUUUAUUGCAACGUGAAGUCGUCGAAGAAGCUGAUACAACAUUUCCCAGGGAAGCUGUGGCCAAAGUGUGUAUCAGAAAGCCUGGAAUCAGCUCCAUCCUCAAGUUUGAUUGCCAGGUUUUUGAAUUAGGAUCAAGCUCUGAUUUUAACAUCGAAAGAGCCUACUUUAUCCGCUCUUUAGCUUCUUCGCGUUCUUCGACUUACGAAGAGGGCUUUUACAGGUCAUUGGAUCCCAAACUACAGUCUGCACUGAGGGAUUACCUAACAUCGAAGGGAAUCGGUGAAAGCCUAACGAAUUUCCUCUUGUGUCAUUUGAACAAAAAGGAACAGGAUCAGUACGUUAACUGGUUACGCAAGCUUGAAUCAACAAUGUCACACUCUCUAAAGCCGUGACCUGUUCACUUCAUUUGCUCAUUUGUUUUUUUUUUGCCUUCUUGGAAUUUUCUUGCAAUGGUAAUGACCCUGAGAGUAACAUUAUUUCUAUGUAGCUUUGCCAUGGUUUUUUUUUUUUUUUUUUUUCAGGAAUUUAAUUGACAAAAUAGAGUGUAUCAGUGUAUUCCCAACAAAUGGGACCCCAAAUGUUAUGCUUUGGAAAUCGUCAAGCAAGCUUGGUUUUUCCCAAAUGAUUUGUUUUUCUGAAGGA